GGAUUCAGAUCUAUUGGUAGAAAGUAAGAAAAAAAAAAUUCUCAAAAUUUAAGUUCUAUACAAAUUUGGAGUGAACUAUUUUAUAAACACUUUCGGAAUAUCUCGAGCUUUCCACACAUCGAAAAUGAAUUUUUGCUCAGUACCUUACGAAGCUGAUUACGGCAUGUACGCCGAUUCCAAGAUGAAGAGCGUUCCCCAGUACCCCCUAAGCAUGGGAGUCGGUCAGGGUCAAGGACAGUCCAUGGCCAUGCAGCCCCUGAAUCCACCGCAGAUGAAUCUGCAGAUGCAGAUGCCCGUGUGCCAGUCGGGCGCUUCGUCGUACCCAAUGCAGGGUAUGCCGCUGGGCAUGAUGCAAGGGGGCAAUCAGAUGACCCCCAUGUCGACGAUGAGCACCCAGCUGCCGAUUGGAGCGGUGACUCCCCUGAACAGCAUGACCAUGAUGCCCAUGAUGGGCAAUCCCAUGGGCGCCAUCGAUGCCCCCGGGAUCAAUGCAGUGCUGCCUGACCUGCAGCCCAUGACCUCGAUGGGUCAGAUGCAGCCGCUGCAGCAGUACAAUCCCAGUGGAUCUACCACCCAAAUGCAUCAAGGACGUCUGACGGGCGGCUGCAAUGCUGUGAUGUCUGCGCCCUGUCCCUCGUCGCCCUCGCACGCUGGCGGCUGGAGCUCCAGUCCCAGCCCCAACCAGAUGAUGAACAACUCCAAUAUGUGGCAAUACAGUCAGCCUAUGCAGAGUCACCAGCCGCAGUACCAGCAGCAGCAGCAGCAGCAGCACUUCCAGCACCCGAGCCAGGGACACCAACAGGUCAGCCGGAUGAAGACCUCCUACGACGCUCCCAUGUACCGGGAUAUGCGGAACGGUCUGAACGCACCAUCCAUGCACGACUCCUCGAAGUACAGCAAAGGCAAUCAAUCAUUCAAUUGUGGAAAAGCGGUUACAAAGGUCCCCCAUUGGCGUUGACGAAACCGUUGAGCCCAUCAUUAGUUGUUUUUGUACUUUUGCAUGAUUGGUGUCUCUUUAUUUACUUGUUCCAAGACUUCCCCUACGCAAGCAAACAGAUACUCAAACACACAAGAAACACAGACUUGGCCACAAACAUAUUGGUGUGGAAUAAAUAGUUUAUAUGUUAUGGCCAAAAUGGAA